AUGGCGGCUGCUGCGUGCAGUACGCAGAGCACGCUGAGCGGCUGCCCGGGCAAACUUCACAGAGAGCCCGCGAAAAAGAGCCGAGACUCCCGGAGGAGAAGAGCAGCGCUGCUGUUUCUCACCAACAUCUCCCUCGACGGUCGGCCGGUGCUGCAGCUGAACGACGCGGCCCUCAGCGGACCCGAGCUCGAGGCCAGCGACCUGGGCUCCGCCGCGGGUGAACUCUCUCCGACGGCGAGCAGCUGCGGUACCUUCCCCAGCCUCUCUCCCUCGGGAAGCUGCGGCGGCCUCAGCCCCUCCAGCGCGCUCGGGCUCCUCACCGUGCCGCCCAUCCUCGUGCUGCCGUCUGACUCGGACUACGAACAUGAGGUGUUUUCCGAGCGGGAAAGCGGCUCUUUCUCGUCGCAGGGGAACCUCCUGUCCCCGUCCAGCCUCCAGCCCACUCCGCUCGGACCGCGCAAGUCCCCCACACUGCUCUCCGUGCAGAGCUGCGGCUCCUCUCUGGACUCCAGACCGAGGACCCGCAACCUGUCUGGUUCUCCUCGGCCGCGCUCCCUGAAGAAAGUCCAUUUCAUUAAGAACAUGAGACAGUAUGACACCAGAGGCAGCAGGAUUGUGCUUAUCUGUGCUAAGAGAUCACUGUGUGCUGCAUUUUCUGUGCUGCCAUAUGGAGAGAGCUUCCACAUAAGUGACCCAGCGCUGAACACCCAAAGGCGGAGGCACUCGUCCGGAGGGAUUUCCACACUGGACAUGUUUCCUGGGCUGGAGGGUGUUGAGUUGGGCAUGUACGGCAGGACGGUAUCCUAUGCCCAGUUCCUGUACCCCACUAAUGCUUUAGUUCGUGAGAAGCCACCAGAGAUUGCUCUACAGAUCCCCUACUCCAGAAACAGCAUCCCACACAGCUUCCCUCCAUCACGCCUCAACAGCACUGUAGGCUUCGACCUGGGUCUGGAUGACACUGAUUACGAUCCCAACCUGCUAAGUGACCCGCAGUGGCCUUGUGGGAAGCACAAGAGAGUGCUGAUCUUUGCCUCCUACAUGACUACAGUGAUAGAGUAUGUGAAGCCGUCAGAUCUGAAGAAAGACAUGAACGAGACCUUUAAGGACAAGUUUCCUCACAUCAAGCUCACACUCAGCAAGAUCAGGAGUCUGAAGAGAGAGAUGUGUGUUGUGGGGGAGGAGUGCAGUCUACAGCCGGUCACUAUAGCCAUGGCAUUCGCCUACUUUGAGAAGCUGGUGCUGCAGGGCCAUCUGAACAAGCAGAACAGAAAGCUGGUAGCAGCCGCGUGCCUUCUGCUGGCAGCCAAGAUCAGCAGCGAUCUCAAGAAACAAGAGGUCAAACAGCUGAUUGAUAAACUAGAGGAGAGGUUUCGUAUCAGCCGACGGGAGCUGAUCUCAGUCGAGUUCACUGUGCUGGUGGCUCUAGAGAUGGCCCUCUACCUGCCUGAAAGUAAGGUCAUGCCACACUACCGCAGACUGGUCCAGCAGGCCUGAGCCUCAAUACAGCAGCUCAGAGAAGUACUAAAGAUCCCCCUGAACAGGAGGCUGCAAAACGUGAUGUUGCUGUGCGUUGAAUUUUUUCCGUGUUCAGCACUGAUGUAUAUCUACACUGAGCUCUGAGGAGGGGGAUCUAUUUAUAGACUCCAGGCCAGCACUGAGCCUUUGUGGUUUUUCGUUAAGAUUUGUUUUUGGUUUUUUUUUUUUUUAUUUCACAUGGGACUAAUUCGAGAGAUGAAAUGGCAGUGGAUGUGAAGAGGACGCUUUAAAUCAACUCUAAAGACUUUAAACGUCAAGGGAAAAGCUUUUCCCAGAUCCUGUGUGGACGUGUAUGUGGGCACAUAGAGUUUUUUGUUUGUUUGUUUGUUUGUUUGUUUGUUUGUUUUCUAACAUUCCGUGGCAGUUUACCAAACAAAACAACUAUUUAUAAUUUAAAAAAAAAGAACUCUCCUUUUGUAAUCACUUUACUGCAUAUUAUAUUUAUACCCACACUGAAGCAACUCGUUUAACUUACUAUUACUCUGUAUUAUUGUUAGAUUCAGGUAAUUCAUCCAUGUAAUCUUAUGCAAUGAGUUUUCUCGCACGGUAUUGAUCACUGGUAGCACACCCUGGUAGCAUUGUGAGUGACCAGUAUGACCGUAUUCUGUGUUAUGAGAUUUAUAAGGCCUUGCACUAAGGCUCUAAUUGUGAAGUGCUCUAUAUUAGAGCUAAUUCAGACUAAAGCACGUUUACUGUGCUUCGGUAUUCAAUUUUCUUUCCCCUUAGACUUUUAAAAAUGUGGUUUAUAUUUUUCAGUGCCGUGUUUAUGAUGGC